UUACAGUUUCUCAUCAAUAAUGGCAAUGCCGAUAACGCGCGAGCUCUCGACGUUAGCCUUUUCUCCGCCGCCGCCGCCAAAAGAUAACACAGAGGACACGACGCCGACGUCAUAAGUCCUAAUCGCUGCCGAGACGUUAUUUAUCAAUAUACAUCUCGCUGACCAGCGGAUGCGAAGGAAAGCUACGCAACAACACGACUUGACGUUAAAGUACUGUUUACACGCGACGUCGACGACAUUUUAACGUCGUAAACCACUGCAACCACCAUCGAGUCUCGUGACCGGCGGCGGCGACGACGACAACGGUUGAACUUGACCGGUGGCCGCCGACGGUAAAAGUGAACGUUUUUCGGCGAACGACUACGACUGUGGUGGUGACGACGACGACGAAGGUGGUGGUGGCGGUAAAAGUAGUCGCACGGUUUUACGUCUUCGCCGCAUUCGAUUGUUGUCGUGCCUGCCUGCCUGCCAAUAAUUGUCGUCGCGGUCGUUUCUCCGCAGACCGGCUCAGCUCAGACGCGCACACGCUCGCGGCAAGAACGGUCGCCGACAACCACCUGUUGUUGUACAGUACUCAGUCGUGCGCCGAGUCGCAUAUACGUCGCUCCUGCCACAGCGGUUUGACGUCGUUCCAGCGGUCUUCGGCCGAUGUUUUCUAAGAAAAGUGGACACUACGAUCUCGUCGAACAGUCCAAAAUGAGCAAUUUAGAAGAAGCUCUUCGUCUGAUAAGGACAUCCUUAAACUCUCCUCAAAUGGAUGUUGAAGGGGCCCAUUAUGAUCAGAACAUCACUCAUCUGAUUGUUGUGAUGGGUGCUUCGGGUGAUUUAGCAAAAAAGAAGAUUUACCCAACUCUUUGGAUGUUGUUCCGCGAUAAGUUGAUUCCAGAUGAGACAUUCAUCUAUGGAUACUCUAGAUCAAAAUUAACCAUGGAACAAUUGAUAAGCAACGUUUCACCAUAUUUAAAAUGUAACGAAAAUGAAAAAGAACGGCUCGCUGAGUUUUGGUCUUAUAAUUUCUACAUUGCUGGGUCGUAUGACAGUUCUGCAGACUACCGCUCUCUGAAUGUGAAACUUUCCAAACAUGAGAUUGCUGGAAUCUCUAAUAGAUUGUUUUAUUUGGCUAUACCUCCCUCAUUAUUUGAAGUGACUACCUCUCAUAUCCAUGAAACAUGCAUGGAUCACAAAGGAUGGACUCGUGUUAUCAUUGAAAAGCCUUUUGGUCGCGAUGCUGCUAGUUCAUUGAAACUUAGUGACCAUUUGGCCAAGUUGUUUAGUGAAGAUCAAGUGUACCGUAUUGAUCAUUAUUUGGGAAAAGAGAUGGUUCAAAAUCUCAUGACACUUAGGUUUGGAAAUAGAAUAUUAAACACUGGAUGGAACAGAGACAACAUUGCACAGGUACAAAUCACUUUCAAAGAACCAUUCGGUACUGAAGGUCGUGGUGGAUAUUUUGACAGUUUUGGUAUAAUCCGUGACGUUAUGCAAAAUCAUUUACUCCAAAUUCUCAGCUUGGUAGCUAUGGAGAAGCCAGCUACCAUACAUCCUGACGAUGUUCGAAAUGAAAAAGUCAAAGUUCUUAAAUGUAUUCCAAAAGUGCAAAUGUCUGAUGUGGUUUUGGGACAAUAUGUUGGUAAUUCGGAAGCUGAAGAAGAACAUAAGAAAUUUGGGUACUCUGAUGAUAAGACUGUACCAAGUGGAUCAAAAACAGCCACGUUUGCAUCAGCUGUGUUAAAAAUCAACAACGAACGUUGGGAUGGUGUACCUUUUAUACUGAAAUGUGGAAAAGCGUUGAACGAACGCAAGGCUGAAAUCCGAAUUCAAUAUCAUGAUGUGCCUGGUGACAUUUUUGGAGGAGUCCUGAAGAGAAACGAACUUGUCAUUCGCGUCCAACCAGAUGAAGCUGUGUACAUUAAGAUGAUGACCAAACGUCCCGGUAUCGGAUUUGAAAUGGAAGAAACUGAAUUGGACUUAACCUAUAAUAAUCGUUAUAAGAAUGUCAAGUUACCAGAUGCUUAUGAACGAUUAAUAUUAGAUGUGUUUUGUGGUUCUCAAAUGCACUUUGUGCGUGCUGAUGAGCUUUCUGAAGCUUGGCGAAUAUUUACUCCACUUCUCCAUGAAAUUGAAUCGACUCAACCUGAACCAACACCUUACGAGUAUGGUACUCGUGGACCUACUAAAGCUGAUGAUCUUUCUCUUGCAAACAACUUCAAGUAUUAUGGAUCUUACAAAUGGGUGAAACCUCAUUCUUAG